AUGGAAGCUUAUUUCGAACAAACCACACAUGACCUCGAAGAGGGCUAUCAAGAGGCAGUACCAAACUCCGUCCCACGACGAAAUUGCCUCCAAGCUGGCCGCGCUUUUGAAAGACGACUCGAAAAGAUUUACCCGGGGAAAAUGAAGAUGCCAAGGGCGCCGCGCAAGGAGAAGCCACCAGAGCGAGAGUUCAAAUAUGUCCAAGACAUGGUGAACCUGCUCGCAACUCCUUUCGAGCGCGUCUUCAAGCUCGACGAAAGUCAAGCUACCUUCAUCUCUCCCGCACUUAUGCGGGGUGUUCCCGUGGGGAAAAUUGAGGAAAAGGGAGAACACUGGCAGAGCAGUUGGUGCUCUAUCGAUAUUUGGAAGGAUCAUACAAAGGGUCCCCGAAACUCCUUUGUGAAGAGGACAAAGGGCGAGUGCGAGAAGGUCAUGGCCAACUUUGGCCCAGAGGCCGAUUUUCAUCCGAACCAGUUGUUGACCGCCGUCGCCUUGCCGAGUGACGGACUCUGCAACUCGAGACUGCCUGUGGACAUCUGUCCAUAUCUGGAGACUCUGAAACCCUUACAUGAUGCAGGAGUUCUCAAGAUGCGUCCUCUGGACUUUAUUCGGUGGAGGGUCAUUGACAAAUUCAAUCAAAGAAAAAAGAAUGUUUGGCCAAAACCGGUCAAAUCAGCCGUUCGCAAUCUUCGGUUUGGCUCUCAAAAGACUCGCGACCACCUCAUGAGAUAUGCAAUGAGGUUGGGAAACUUGCAUCCUAUUGAAUGGGAAGAGUUCAUGGAUGAGUAUCGACGCAAGAACUCUACCAGCCAACAAGAUGAAGACUAA